UGAUCGCGAAAAGAACGACGUGAAAAAUGCGUUAAUUAAUAAGUUUUAGUGCGACAAAUAAAAUAAUUAAUUAAUUGAAACAAAGCUAAGCUUCUCCGCGAGACUGUGCGUGGAUUUUAAGUGCGCGAGAAAGGCGAAACGAAAACAAAGCAAAGGAAGAAAUCGAGCCAAAAAAGUGCUAAGAGCGACACAGUGAAAGCAACAAAAUAUUGAAAUCACAAUAUUGAAUGCCAGAAAACAAACAAAGGAAGGGAGCGGGACAACAGCAGCGAAAAACAGCGUACGUGCGUGGAGUUUUUUUAAUAUUUCGGUCUCCAGCUGUGACAGAUGAUGGCCUAAAAUGGCGGCCACACCACCAAUGCCGCCCGGAUCCAACGCCCAACACCAUGUGAGCCAUGUGAAUGGGAUUGUCAAGCAAUCGAACGGCCAGGUGAACCAAUUAACCGAGGCGAUAAACCAGCACUUUCAGCGGAAGAAUCAACAGAAGCAAAAGCACAAUUCGAGCACCAGCAUAAAUCCCAAUCCGAAUCAAAGUCCAAAUCCCAACAGUCCCGGCGGCAGUCGCUGCGGAAGCAAUGAGCAGCUGGAGCUGCUGGAGCCACAGCAUCCACAGGAAGCCACCGUUGCCGCCGCCGGCAAGGCCAAGCUGAGCUGCCAUUGCACCAACAUUAGUAUUAUGCACCUCUUCCAUGAAAUGAAGCAGGAGUUCCCCACGAUACCCGAUGCCAUUGUGACGCAAUGCGUCAAUGAGAAUUGUCAUCAGCGCGAAAAUUGCAUCCAGAUGUUGAGGAAGGAGCUGGCCCUGCACCCCAUCCCAGUGCAAAGCUAUCCGGCCAAAGUGUUGCAGCAGCAGCAGCAGCAACAGCAGCAACAGCAACAUCAGCAACAGCAACAGAUUAGGCCAGCCAAGCCUCCGACGCCGCUGAAACCUUCGCGGUCAGCCCCACCACAGCCAGAUUUUAGCCAGAGCAAUGGCAUCGGUGGCGGGAGUGCCAGCUCCCAGGCCAAUCUACAGCCCAGGCCACGACCCACCACCCUCAACCUGCAGCGGCAGGUCAGCACGCAGCUUCAGCAGAAGAUCCAGCAGCGCCAGCAGCGUCAUCAGAAGGAUCAGCAGCCGCAACAGCUGACGCCCACGUCGCUAAGCAAGCCGCUGCGCCGUGCACCACCCUUGCCGCCGCCGCCCAAGCCAAAUCCCAAUCCCAAGCCCGGCAGCUUCUCCAACGAUUCCUCCUGUCUCACCAGUCCCAUGAGCUCCAGUGAAUCGGAGCUCUCUCUCAACGCGGCUGUCUUCUUAUCAUCGCCAACAACGGCAGCGACUACAGCUGUGGAGGGAGCGCCGAUAGCCACGGCUCAACCGCAGCCGCAGCCGCAGGCACAGCUACAGCUACAGCCACAGCAACCCUCUCCGGUGCGACAUCGUUCAGUCAUUACGCUUCAGCCAGAGCCACCGUACGCGCGCGAUUUCCUCACAAGCAGCGGCAGCAGCAGCAGUGGUUUGACGACCACGACGUCACCGCCAACGAUAGCAACGCCGCCGUUACCCUCGCCCAGCUCGGCAGCGUCACCGGUGGCAGCUGCCGGCGGACGCAAAAGUUUCACCUCGCUCAAUCUCACCCUGCGCCAGCCAACGACUGGACCGGCACAGUCGGCCAUCGAUAUCACAGCCGGUCCGGCGCCCAGUGGCCAAGGCAGUGGGAUAACCUACUCCAGUGUUAGCUUUGAUGCGCGUCGCGGCACUCACAAGAAUUUCCAGUUGACGGUGACCGAGGAGGGCAGUGUCUUUAGUGCGGGCUGCAUUCGUCCGCGGGUUCCCUACACCGAACUAGGCUGUGACCCGGCGGCAGCGGCGGCUCCUUCUCCACCAACGAAUCAACCGCCGCCAUCAGCUGCCGCAUCUGCAGUGUUGGCAUCCGAUGGGCACGGCGACGAAAUGCAAAUGGAUGUGUUCCCGUAUCCCACGCAGGCCCAAAAUCACAUAGUGGCCUCCAACUACAGCAAUAACCAUGUGGUCACCGACAACAACAAUGGCAACGGGAGCAGCAGCGUGGACAGCAGCCCAACGAUGCCGCUGUACGUUGGAGUUCUAGAGGAUUGCGAUCGCGAAGCCCAUGCCGCCACCAUUCAACGGCAGAAGCAGCGUCGCGACAAGUUGGCCAACGCUUUGAGGGACAACAAGAAGCGGUUGCUCGUGCUGGAGCAGGAAAUCAAUAUCCUCACGGAGCCGGUGCCCGUUGGCGAAUCUGAAAGACUGGAUAGAGAUAUCAAAAAACUGGCCGAGGACUGUCAGCAGCUCAAUCAGCUGCUGAAUAGAAUAAACGCAGAACCCCAGGCCAAUGACUCGGUCUCUGGUUCCGCACCCAAUUCCAUGAAUCGCCAGAACUCGGCACCCGCCAGCCAACAGCAACAUCAGCCGCCGCCACGACAGCGUCCAGGCGGACGGGCCCAGGCGCCGCCCAAUUCGCUGCGCCUGCAUUCGGUGCCGGCAGUGCCCACUACCGGGCAGCCAAUACCGGACUUUGGGCAGCAUCAGCAGCACAGCAGUGCGCCGACCUCAGCCUGCUUGACGCCCCAGCAGCAACUGCAUCAGGAACCGCCUCCAACUUAUGCCCAAUACUAUCAGUUCCAGCAAUAUUUGCAUCAACAGCGACAGCAACAACUGCAGCAGCUGCAGGUGCAACAGCAGCAGCAGCAGAUACUGCAACAGCAACAGCAACAGCGUGCGGUCACCGAGGAGGAGGAAUUCCAGUCGGACUCCGAUGCCGAGGCGGAGGAGACACUGGACUCGUGGGCCUGCAACAUGUGUACAUUCCGCAACCAUCCGCAAUUGAAUAUUUGCGAGGCCUGUGAUUACGUGAGGAUUCAGCCGGGUAUGCUACACUUUGUUCCCCCCGCAUCUGCCACUGCUGCGGCUGGUGGCGGCGGGGCUGGAGAUCAGCAGCAGCAGCAGCAGCAGCCGCCCCAGCAGCCGUACGCACUGCAUACGUAACCCAUAACAAAGUUCUCUUAACAUGCUCGCUUGCUGCUCGCUUCCUUCCCUCCUGCUCCGACUGUUCCUGAUCUGUGCAUGUUCCGACAUUGAAACUGUGAUAGCAUUUAAAUUAACUUGGCGGCAGGUGAUUUACCUCCACUGCAUGGCUCAGCCCCGAAAGACAUUGAAACGAAAGCGAAAGGACGUCAACGAAUUGCUUAAGCAGUCCUAUUUUAAAUUAUUUCUAUUUGAUUUAUGUUAUGUAUGUUAUUGGCAAUUAAUUUAGACACUAACUCUAACCGCUAGCUUUAAGCGAAACGAAAGUAGAGUUUAUAACUAUUUAUAGCCACCUAAAAAAGAGUAAAUUAAUAAAGAACGUUAUUUAAAUUUUAAA